UUAUCUGGAAAGUGCAACAGUAUAUAAAAGACUCGCCACACGGUUGAGAACACGGUAUCUGACAGACGUACACAUCACUAACGAACGUUUCACUCAGCUGAACAGUGAGCCAUGGACAGCCGAUUCCUCCUCGCAGCGACACUGGCGGUGGCAGUGUUUGUCUCGGCCACGGCCGCAGCUUCCGUCAGCAGCGAUGAGCAUUCUUCAGGGGCGGGCCAGGAGGCGCGCAAGGACAUAGACCAGGCCAUCACGGAGGCGCUGGAGAAGUGUGACAGAAGGGCGGGAAAGGGGAUGCGCGUGUGUGACGCAGGGGCGGGCCAGGAGGCGCGCAAGGACAUAGACCAGGCCAUCACGGAGGCGCUGGAGAAGCUGCGCUCGGAGAUGCAGACCGGAGACGCUUCCCUGGGCCUGCCUCCGCUGGACCCGUUCGUCGACUCGUACCUGCCGUUCGACAUCAACGAGGAAAUCGCCAAGGCGAAGGGCUUCCUGAGGAACCUCACCAUCAACAACCUGUCCAAGUUCCAGAUCGUGCAGAUCAAGAACGACCUGAAGAACCUCAAGGCCUUCUUCAAGUUCUCCUUCCCCUUGCUCCACUUCACGGGCCGCUACAACGUGAGCGGUCGCGUGCUGGACUCGGUCAACGUCUUCGGCGACGGCAACUUCUGGCUGAACCUGACCACGCUCACCACCUGGGGCAACGUGGCCAUCUCGUCCAAGGACGGCACCGAGAACUCGGCCAUCGUCAUCAAGACUCUCACCGUGGACUUCACGCUCGGCGACAUGAAGGCCAACUUCGAGAACCUGAACGGCGGCGGCGUGCAAGGGGCGGCCAUCAACUCCGUCAUCAACGAGAACGGCGUGCAGCUGGUGACGGAGCAGAAGAGCGCCGUGACGUCACUCAUCAGCAAGUACGUCGUCGAGUUCUUCAACAAGCUGGCCAGCAAGUACACCUUGAAGCAGGUGCUGCAGUACCUGGGAGUCGAGAACUGAGCGCUCCAGCUGUUCCCCCCCCCCCCCCCUGCCUCGACCAAUAAACAACAAACAUCGUUUCCCCUAGCCUCGUGUUGUUUUAUUCCAGUUUCUCCUUGUCCCACACGAUAUCCACGCAGAAAACUUAAAAACUUCGUUUUCAGAUGUACGUAAGAAAAUGAUUUUGGUAUUGACGUGAUAACGUCUUAUAAACAGAGACCUGCAAAAUUCGUGGAUUCAUUUCGUGAUAUGCUACAAUUCAAAUAAUUAUACCUUAGCGCUGCUUCUACCACUGGUUCACUGUUAAUCUGGAAUAAUGAGGGCUAAUUAGAGACCCUCGCUCAAAGAAGUGUCGAAUCACAGACACUCGGUCGAGACGACUCACAAGUCAGCAGCCAAUGAACAGGUGGCAUUUGCCCAAGUGUGUAGAGUGUAGUAGAGUCUAUCCUGGAGGCCAUUGAAUCCACGAAUUUUUCAUGUCUCUACUUAUAAAUCGAUGAACGCCGGCUGCACGCACGAAAAACUGUCACGUUCCGCCUGAGCCGAGCGUGCAAGAACCGGCCAACCACCGUGCGAGAAAAUUUUCUGUAAUAUCAAACAGGUUAAGUAGGGAUUUUUAACUAAUGGUUCGUGAUUAUAUUUAAACAAAUUGUUUAAAUUAAAUUUGCAAAAACUGUAAAUAAUUUUUGAAAAUUAAAAAGUUGCAAUUUUUCA